GUGGGCGGUGAGGCAGGGUCCACGUGCGUCCCCGCCAGCGACCCCGGCGGCGCCAUGACCCGAGACAUCCCGGUAUCCGGGACCUUCCCAGAGUAGCUGAUCCUGUUCUUCGGUUCCGCGGUGCCCGCAGCCGCGGUCUGCGUCCACGCAUUGCCAUGGUGACUGUGGGCAACUACUGCGAGGCCGAAGGGCCUGUGAGUCCGGCCUGGGUGCAGGAUGGCCUGAGUCCUUGCUUCUUCUUCACACUCGUGCCCUCGACGCUGAUGGUCGUGGGGGCUCUGGCCCUGGUGCCGGCUCUUCCCUGCAGGCGUCGGGAGCGGCCCGCUGGCACUGACUCGCUGUCUUGGGGGUCUAACCCUCGCGUCGCUCCCUACGUGCUGCAGCUGCUUCUGGCCACACUUCAGGUGGCGCUGCCCCUGGCCGCCUUAGCUGGCCGGGUGGGCACUGCCCAGGGCGCCCCGCUGCCAAGCUACCUACUGCUGGCAUCCGUACUGGAGAGUCUGGCCAGCGCCUGUGGCCUGUGGCUACUCGUGGUGGAACGGAACCAGGCACGGCAGCGUCUAGCGAUGGGCAUCUGGAUCAAGUUCAGGCACAGCCCGGGUCUCCUACUCCUCUGGACUAUGGCGUUUGCAGUUGAGAACUUGGCCCUAGUGUCUUGGAAUAGCCCACAGUGGUGGUGGGCAAGGGCGGACUUGGGCCAGCAGGUUCAGUUUAGCUUGUGGGUGCUGCGGUACGUGGCCUCUGCAGGGCUAUUUGUUCUGGGUCUCUGGGCCCCUGGGCUUCAGCCCCAGUCCUAUGCCUUGCAGGUCUGUGAAGAGGAACAAGAUGUAGAAAGGAGCCAGUCAGCAGACCCACAAUCUACCUGGCGAGACCUUGGCAGAAAGCUCCGCCUACUGAGUGGCUACCUGUGGCCUCGGGGAAGUCCAGUUCUGCAGCUGGUGGUGCUCACCUGCCUGGGGCUCAUGGGUUUGGACCGGGCACUCAAUGUGUUGGUACCCAUCUUCUAUAGAGACAUUGUGAACUUGCUGACUGAGAAGGCUCCUUGGAGUUCCCUGGCCUGGACUGUUACCACCUAUGUCUUCCUCAAGUUCCUCCAGGGCGGUGGCACUGGCAGUACAGGCUUCGUGAGCAACCUGCGCACAUUCCUGUGGAUCCGGGUACAGCAGUUCACGUCUCGACAGGUGGAGCUGCGCCUCUUCUCCCACCUGCAUGAGCUCUCACUGCGCUGGCACCUGGGGCGCCGCACAGGGGAGGUGCUGCGGAUCGUGGACCGGGGCACGGCCAGUGUCACAGGGCUGCUCAGCUAUCUGGUGUUCAACAUCAUCCCUACACUGGCUGACAUCAUCAUUGGCAUCAUCUACUUCAGCAUGUUCUUCAACGCCUGGUUUGGCCUCAUUGUGUUCCUGUGCAUGAGUCUUUACCUCAUCCUGACCAUUGUGGUCACUGAGUGGAGAACCAAGUUUCGCCGUGCUAUGAACACACAGGAGAAUGCUACCCGAGCACGAGCAGUGGACUCUCUGCUAAACUUUGAGACGGUGAAGUAUUACAAUGCUGAGCAUUAUGAAGUGGAACGCUAUCGAGAGGCCAUCAUCAAAUAUCAGGGUUUGGAGUGGAAGUCCAGCGCUUCCCUGGUUUUACUAAAUCAGACUCAGAAUCUGGUGAUUGGACUCGGGCUCCUUGCUGGCUCCCUGCUUUGCGCAUAUUUUGUCAGUGAACAGAAGCUACAGGUCGGGGACUUUGUGCUCUUUGGCACCUAUAUCAUCCAGCUGUACAUGCCCCUCAACUGGUUUGGCACUUACUACAGGAUGAUCCAGACCAACUUCAUCGACAUGGAGAAUAUGUUUGACCUGCUGAAAGAGGAGACAGAAGUGAAGGACCUUCCUGGAGCAGGGCCCCUUCACUUUCAGAAGGGCCGAAUUGAGUUUGAGAAUGUCCACUUCAGCUAUGCUGAUGGGCGGGAGACACUGCAGGACGUGUCCUUCACCGUGAUGCCUGGACAGACACUGGCUCUGGUGGGCCCAUCUGGGGCAGGGAAGAGCACAAUUUUACGCCUGCUAUUUCGCUUCUAUGACAUCAACUCUGGUUGCAUCCGAAUAGAUGGGCAGGACAUUUCACAGGUGACCCAGAUCUCCCUCCGGUCUCACAUCGGAGUCGUGCCCCAAGAUACUGUCCUUUUUAAUGACACCAUUGCCAACAAUAUCCGCUAUGGCCGUGUCACAGCUGGGAACAGUGAGUUAGAGGCUGCUGCUCAGGCUGCAGGCAUCCAUGAUGCCAUUAUGGCUUUCCCUGAAGGGUAUGAGACACAGGUGGGCGAGCGGGGACUGAAGCUGAGUGGCGGGGAGAAGCAGCGUGUUGCCAUCGCCCGCACCAUCCUCAAGGGUCCAGAUAUCAUUCUGCUGGAUGAGGCAACAUCAGCGCUGGAUACAUCUAAUGAAAGAGCCAUCCAGGCUUCUUUGGCCAAAGUUUGUGCCAACCGUACCACCAUCGUAGUGGCACACAGGCUCUCAACUGUGGUAAAUGCUGACCAGAUCCUUGUCAUCAAGGAUGGCUGCAUUGUGGAGAGAGGACGGCAUGAGGCUCUGUUGUCCCGAGGGGGAGUGUAUGCUGACAUGUGGCAGCUGCAGCAGCGGGGACAGGAAGAAGUCUCUGAAGACACUAAGCCCCAGGCUGUGACACGGUGACAGAAGUUGUGGCCACUUCCUUCUCAAAGGCUAACUCAGGGGAAUAAGAGAUGUGUUCUUUUAUUCAUCUUGGAGUUUGGUGCUAGCUAUAGUGAGGGAAAGGGCUUCAGAAAAGCACUUUUUGGGGAAAUAAAAGUAUGGACUACACAGG